UGCCACACCAGGGUGUCACACCGGGAGCCGCGGGUGUGCCCGGUCAUGGUGUCACACCGGGAGCCGCAGGUGUGCCACACCGGGGUGUCACACUGGGAGCCGCGGGUGUGCCCGGGCGCGGUGUCACACGAGGACCUGGCUUUGCAUGAGGGCCUUGCACAAGGAUCCAACCAGCGUCACCCGAGGAUCCAUCGGGUGCUUGAGGAUCCAUCGGGUGCUUGAGGAUCCAUCGGAUGCUCGAGGAUCCAUUGGGUACUCGAGGAUCUGUCGGGUGCUCAAGGAUCUGUUGGGUGCUCAAGGAUCCAUCCAGAGCCCGAGGAUCCAUCUGGUGCCCGAGGAUCUGUUGGGUGCUCGAGGAUCUGUCGGGUGCUCGAGGAUUCAUCGGGUGCUCAAGGAUCUGCUGGGUGCUCGAGGAUCUGUUGGGUGCUCAAGGAUCCAUCCAGAGCCCGAGGAUCCAUCCAGUGCCCGAGGAUCUGUCAGGUGCUCAAGGAUCCGUCUGGUGCCUGUGGAUCCAUCGGGUGCUCGAGGAUCCAUCCUGUGCCCGAAGUUCCAUCUGGCGCCACAUGUGGGGACCCAACCCGAGGAUCCGACCGGCGCCCAAGGGUCCAUCGGAUCCAUCUGGCGCCACACGUGGGGACCUCGCCUGAGGAUCCAUCCAGGGCCACACGUGGGGACCCGAACCGAGGAUCCGACCGGCACCCAAGGGUCCAUCGGAUCCAUCCAGGGCCACACGUGGGGAUCUGAACCGAGGAUCCGACCGGCGCCACAUGUGGGGACUUGACCUGAGAUCCGACUGGAACCCAAGGGUCCAUCUGAUCCACCUGGUGCCACAUGUGGGGACCCAACCCGAGGAUCUGACCGGCGCCACAUGUGGGGACCUGACCUGAGGAUCCAUCCGGCACCCAAGGGUCCAUCAGAUCCAUCUGACACCACACGUGGGGAUCUGACCCGAGGAUCCGUCCAGCACCCAAGGGUCCAUCAGAUCCAUCUGGCACCACACAUGGGGACCCAACCCGAGGAUCCAUCCAGCACCCAAGGUUCCAUCAGAUCCAUCUGGCACCACACAUGGGGACCCAACCCGAGCAUCCAUCCAGCACCCGAGGGUCCAUCAGAUCCAUCUGGCACCACAUGUGGGGACCCAACCCGAGGAUCCGACCGGCGCCACACUUGGGGACCUCUUUUGGGGACCCCCCUCUCACCAGGACCUCGCACCAAGACUUUGCACCCGGACCUCGCAAGGGGCGCCCCCCUCGUGCCCCCACCCCACCCCGGGGCUGUUUUGGGGGGAUCCCUCAGCCACGUUCCGGGGGCCCCCCCAAAAGCCAUCCCGGGGGGGCCCCCGCGGCCUCG